UGAAUUCCUAAGUCUUCCAACCUUUUCACAGGCACUUAGAUUUAAUGCAGAUUAUGGAGUUUUUGAAGUAGUUAACAAUGCUCCACAACUUCUGGAAAAGCAACUGAAAAAAAUUCUACAAAGCCAGCAACCUCGAAAUCCCAUUUAUGAUGUUGUGAGGAAAGGAAAAAAUGAUGUUAAAGUUCUCCAGAUGAAGGCCCCCUAUGAAGAUGAGACCAUAAAUAUCAAUUAUAAUAUUAUGUGUCUUAGCCGAGAACAAGGUAUUAAAUGGGUCAAAAAAGAAAGACUCCCAGCAUUUUUGGAAAGUGAUUGCUACUUUGAAUACAGGUUAGCUAAACUGGUCUCACAAGUCAGAUGGAGCGAAUCAGGCAUGACUGUCACAGUAGGUACAGAUAUUUCUCCCUGGGUCCUGAGAAAACCACCCACUCCACCGCCUCCUGUUACUGAAGAAGACAAUACUGUCAUUAUGAAAAAGUUCUACAUUUCUCUUGGUGAGGCUUCCUAUACACAAACAAAAGAUUGGUUUACUUUAGCAAAACAAUGUGAACAAACAGUAACAAAUUUUUCAUUACCUACUUGUGUAUUCCAUGACAAAAGUGACUCACCAGUUAUUUCAUCUGCUUCUGAGAGUGUUAUCUUUGAUGAUGGAGUUCAUCCCAGGACAAAAAAAGGCCCAGCUAAAACACCUCGAUUAAUUUCUGAAUUUGAAGAAGAAGAAGAAGGGUCUACAUCUAUACAAGACACUCCUUCUCAAGCUCUUCUAAGAAUCUACCUUGAAACUCAACAGAAUAUUGAGGGAAGUUUGAUAUUGCAUUUCUCAAAUUGUGAAGAAUUUUUAAGAAAUUACAUAAUGUUUAUUUUAAAGACAGCUGUUUAUCAAGUUCUUGGAGAGCCAUUUAAAGAAAGCCCAGAUUUUAUAAAUUUUAACAACGUAACAGAAGUGGUGUUUGAAGAACGUUUUGAGCCCAUCCCUUACACAAGUAAUGUAUUAAAUGAAACAGCCCAAACCACAGAGAAAAAGUCAGAUGAGCUGUUGGAACAAACAAGUUCAAAGAGUGAGAACAUUGGAGCAGAUAUCAGGGCCCACUGGUGUGUUUCUCACCAAACUUACGAUAUUGGUAAUAGAAAGCAGUUUGAAAGAUUUAAGAAAUUUAUAAAAGGUACAUUAGGAGAGAGAUAUUGGUGGCUAUGGAUGGAUAUUGAGCGGUUAAAAGUUCUUAAGGAUCCUGGAAGACAUCAAAGACACCUUGAGAAGAUGAAAAGAUGCUACCUCGUGAGCAGUGGAGAUUGCUACCUUUCUGCAGAAAUCUUAUCAAAAUUUAAAUUGCUGGAUGGAUCUCAGUGGAAUGAAGAACACUUAAAAAAUAUUCAAUCUGAGGUUGUGAAACCCUUACUUCUGUAUUGGGCACCAAGGUUCUGUGUUACUCAUUCAUGCUCAACAAAACAUGCUAGUGCUAAACUGAAAUUCUGGCAUCUUCGUCAAGAGAAACCAAGGAAGGAUAUUGACCCUUUUCCACAAAUGGCAACCCUCUUGCCUUUAAGACCUAAAUCUUGUAUUCCGCAGAUAUCUGAGAUACAGAAAGAAGAUACCAAUUUGUUACAACAUCCUAAAUCUGCCAGGAGAUCACCUAGAAUAAAAACAGCAAUUCAAAAACCUUGGAAGAGUGAGCUUUUACAGCCAAUUUCUUCUAAGGAUGAUAUGUAUGAAAAAGGGUCAAGGUGCUUAUCAGAAACUAACCAAGUUAUUCGUUUAACAUCUUUUACUGAUAUAUCUGAAUGUCUGAAGCCCCAGUUGGACAGAAGAUACACUUAUACAGAAGAAAACAUUGCUAAAACCAUUGUAGAUGAUGCCUUGGGAGGAUUUGACAUGGAAAAUUUGUUGCAAUCUUUGUAUGUAGAAAAUAGAGCUGGAUUUUUCUUUACUAAAUUCUGCGAGCAUUCAGGGAACAAGUUGUGGAAGAACAGUGUGUACUUUUGGUUUGACCUACAGGCUUAUCAUCAGCUUUUCUACCAAGAGACACUUCACCCUUUUAAAGUAUGCAAGCAAGCCCAAUAUCUUUUUGCCACAUAUGUUGCUCCUUCAGCCACUUUUGACAUUGGACUUCAAAAGGAAAAGAAAAAAGAAAUUUAUAUGAAAAUACAGCCACCAUUUGAAGAUCUUUUUGACACAGCAGAAGAGUAUAUCCUUCUCCUACUACUUGAGCCCUGGACAAUGAUGGUGAAAUCAGACCAGCUUGCUUACAGAAAGGUGGAGCUGGUGGAAGAAAUUCGACAGCUAGACUCCACAUACUUCAGAAAGCUACAGGCUUUGCAUAAAGAGACAUUUUCCAAGAAAGCUGAAGACAGUACUGGUGAAACUGGAACGGGUAUUCCAUCACACCCUGAUCUUUCUAAACAAACAGAAUAUUGGAAUAAUGUUCCUGCAGAAUAUAAACAUUUUAAUUUUAAUGAUCUGCUUAACAACAAACUGGAGUUUGAACAUUUCCGUCAGUUUCUUGAGGCUCAUUCUUCAAGCAUGGACCUUAUGUGCUGGACAGACAUUGAGCAGUACCGAAGGAUAGCUUACAGAGAUCGAAAGCAAAGGGAGGCAAAAUCUAUAUAUAUAAAAAACAAAUAUCUUAAUAAAAAAUAUUUCUUUGGGCCUAAUAGUCCAGCUUCCCUGAAUCAGCAGGAUCAGAUAAUGCAAUUAAGUGGUGGCUGGGGAAAAAUUCUCCAUGAAUACCUUGAUGCAUCUGUUUUAAUUGAAAUCCAGAAGCAUGUUCUGAAUAGGCUAGAAAAUGUGUGGUUGCCAUUGUUUCUUGCAAGUGAACAGUUUGCAGCACGUCAAAAGAUAAAGGUACAAAUGAAAGACAUAGCUGAAGAGCUCUUACUACAGAAGCAUGGAAGGAAAAUUGGGGUCUGGAAGCCUGUGGAAAGUAAGUGGAUAUCUUCAUCUUGUGAAAUCAUUGCUUUUCGUAAAGCAUUAUUGAAUCCAGUUACUGCAAGACAAUUUCAACGGUUUGUGGCUCUAAAAGGAGAUUUACUGGAAAAUGGGGUACUCUUUUGGCAAGAAGUACAAAAAUAUAAGGACUUGUGCCAUUCUCACUGUGAGCAGUCCAUUAUCCAUAAGAAGAUCAUGACUAUUAUCAACUGCUUCAUUAACUCCAGUAUUCCACCAGCUUUACAAAUAGACAUUCCACACGAGCAAGCCCAGAAGAUUAUUGAACACAGGAAGGAGUUAGGACCAUACGUAUUUAGAGAAGCACAGAUGACAAUUUUUGGUGUUCUGUUUAAAUAUUGGCCUCAGUUUUGUGAGUUUAGGAAGAACUUAACUGAUGAAAAAAUUAUGAGUGUUUUAGAGAGAAGACAAGAGUAUAAUAAGCAGAAAAAAAAAUUGGCAGUCACAGAGGAUGAAAAACAUGCAAAGGAUGGAGCCAAACAAUAUGUAAGCACUUCAGGAUCUGCUAUGAAAACAGGCCCCUUAGGCAGUGAAACAGUCUUAGGCCUGCAACCAUAUGGCCGACAGCCAACCUGGUGUUAUUCAAAGUACAUAGAGGCCUUAGAACAGGAAAGGUUGCUUCUUAAAAUUCAAGAAGAACUGGAGAAGAGAUUGUUUGCAGGUGAAAGUUCUGCCUCUCACCUGGCCAUUCCCACCACAGAGGGCAGGAGGAGAUGAAGAGUGACUGCUCCCAACUGCUCCAACCUCAAAAGUGACACAACUCAGUGAAUUUAUACCCCCUGCAGACAGGUACAAGGAGGUCUUUGAACCAACUUUAAAUGACCUGGAAGCUCAAGUGGUUUUUUUGGAUGGUCUGCAUUAGAGUAUAUAGUUUGGCUUGUUUUCUCCCUGCAGCUUUAAAAUUACAGCUAUUCUGUACACAUGACAUAAAUGACUAUAAGAGUCUUUAGAAAUCCUUAGAAUAAAAUGUCUUCUAUCUAGGUUAGAAGACUCAUUGCUUACUACAGACCUUAAAAAAGUGUAAUGUUUUGCUUCCCGGACAAUCUUUUAACAAAUAUUCCUUGAGCUUUACUGUAUUUGUUUAGAAGAUAUAUUCAGCAGGUGAUUAGGGAGCUAAUAUUCCUAGCAAUAAACUGACCAAAAAAUAUAAAAGGACUUCCAGGAGGGCACCCAGGAUCUGCAUUGCCAUAAAUGUCACAAAUGAA